CCCUCUACCCGCCGCGCGAGCCUCCAUUGUGAGCAAGCUGAACGAUGCGAGCGCUCCUAGUCGCCGCCGCCCAGUAGACACCCGCGAACAGAGGAGUCUGUGCUACGUACCCCGAAAAGAGGGACCUAAGGAGCGCAGGAGACGCAGAAAGGCUUUUAUGUUAAUCGAAAAUCAGACAGUGUCGUCCGGGUUUUAAUGCUUUAGCUAGACGCCAUAGGAGAGAGAGAGAGAGAGAGAGAGAGAGAGAGAGAGAGAGAGAGAGAGAGAGAGAGAGAGAGAGAGUGAGAGAGAGAGAGAGAGAGAGAGAGAGAGCUAGACAGCCUGGAGAGGGAUAGGGAAGAAAUAGAGAGGUAAAAAGGGAUUGCCGGUUUUGCACCUCGCCUGUUUUGGAGUAAAAGAAGAGCCGAGGUUUGUCUAGCCAUGGGAUGUACAUUGAGCGCAGAGGAGAGAGCAGCUCUGGACAGGAGCAAAGCCAUCGAGAAAAACCUCAAAGAAGAUGGAAUCACUGCCGCUAAAGACGUCAAAUUACUCCUGCUAGGAGCCGGGGAAUCCGGCAAAAGCACCAUCGUCAAACAGAUGAAGAUUAUCCAUGAGGAUGGUUUCUCUGGUGAUGAUGUGAAGCAGUACAAGCCCGUGGUCUACAGCAACACCAUCCAGUCCCUGGCUGCCAUCGUCCGCGCUAUGGACACCCUGGGCCUCGAAUACGGGGAUAAGGAGCGCAAAGCUGACGCUAAGAUGGUGUGUGACGUGGUGAGCCGUAUGGAGGACACAGAGCCGUACUCCCCCGAGCUCCUGUCCGCCAUGAAGAACCUGUGGUCCGACUCCGGCAUCCAGGAGUGCUUCAGCCGCGCCCGCGAGUACCAGCUCAACGACUCCGCCCAGUACUACCUAGACAGUUUAGAUCGGAUUGGAGCCAGCGACUACCAGCCCACAGAGCAAGACAUCCUCAGAACCCGAGUGAAGACCACUGGCAUCGUAGAAACCCACUUCACCUUCAAGAACCUGCACUUCAGGCUCUUUGAUGUGGGAGGCCAGAGGUCGGAGAGGAAGAAGUGGAUCCACUGCUUCGAGGACGUGACGGCCAUCAUCUUCUGCGUAGCUCUCAGCGGCUACGACCAGGUCCUGCAUGAAGACGAGACCACGAAUCGCAUGCACGAGUCUCUUAUGCUCUUCGAUUCCAUCUGUAACAACAAAUUCUUCAUUGACACUUCCAUCAUUCUCUUCCUCAACAAGAAAGACCUGUUUGCUGAAAAGAUUAAGAAAUCCGCCUUGAGUAUCUGUUUCCCUGAAUACACAGGGCCCAACACCUAUGAGGACGCCGCCGCUUACAUCCAAGCACAGUUCGAGAGCAAGAACCGCUCGCCCAAUAAGGAGAUCUAUUGUCACAUGACCUGUGCUACCGACACAGGAAACAUCCAGGUGGUGUUCGACGCCGUCACCGACAUCAUCAUCGCCAACAACCUGCGAGGUUGUGGUCUGUACUGAGGUCACGCAGCUCUCUCUUACGUCACCUCUUUGGUAAUGAUUAUUAUUGAAAAUGCAAGUUGGUAAAUAAUAAUAAUGAUAAUUUUAAAAUAGGCAUACAUAUAUAUAUAUAAAUAUAAAUAUGGAUAUAUAUAUAAUGUUUUUAGUUUGUCUUCAAGGAGCUGCCAACAGAACUGAUUUCUUAUAGAAACCCAGCCUUUAUGGUUUUAGAACAAAGUUGGGACCUUUUUUUGUUUUCAUUUUUUUUGUUUUCAUUUGUUUUCUUUUUCUUUUUUUCCAUCUUUUUGCAGUCGUAGUUCUUUCCCUUUCUCACGGUGUCUUUUUGUUGAAACUAAACAACCCUUAUUUUACGAGAAAAAAUGUCUUUUGUUCCAUUAUUUUUGUAAUGUUUUUGUUUUGUUUGUUUUGUUUGUGUUCUUCGUUCAUUGUAUGUAUAUUUAUUACGUGACGAUCAGUCAGGGAUGCUGACCUGUCCAUGUUUGCCUGAGUGUUCUGCUGUAUGGUACUUGAGAAAUGAGAAAACAAUAGCUCUAUCAACGACUUGGACAGUUUGGUGCCUGUAGCUGUGGUGAGCACUAUGAUAAUGAAUACGGUCAGUGAGAACAGGCUGAGCUGUAGCGGGUCCAUCUUUUCCUUUUUUUUUUCUUUGCUUGUUUUUUUUUUUUUUUUUGCUUUUUGUUUGUUUUCAUAUUUUCAAUUGUUUGUUUGUUUGAGCUUUUCCAGACUGGGUUUUCAUGGCGAUCCUAUUAGUUCUGUUAGGCUAGUUGAUACUCCAGAGAAAGAAGGCACCCGGGAUUGCACCCUCUCAGCUUUUCUUCUGUUCUUUCGUUUGUUUGUUUCCUGUCGUUCACGCUAUUAUUCCCUGUCACUUUAGUAGGCCACCUCCAUUGCCUGUGCGCAUUGUGGAAAAAAGGGGCCACAUCUGAGUGCACGCCCUGGUCUCUAAACCAAUCAAAUCGACGAAAAGUGUCAUAUCAGUGCCAAUCUCCUGAGAAUGACAAGUUUGGGAAUAGUUCUAGAAACACUAGUUCACUGUAAUGAGAACCUAUUAACAUUGUCAUGUAAGGAACUUCUACUUUUUUUAUUGUCGUUAAUUAAUUUAUUAAUUUAUUUAUUGGUUGUCUGUAACCUCUUCUUCUUCUGACCCACCUUUGCCCUCUCCCUCCUCUCCUCAUUCUCCUUACAUCACUUCCUACCUCCCAUCAUCCCUCACCUCUCAUUGACUUCCUGUUUUGUUUGUCUACGGGCUGGGUAAUGGAGUCCUCUCGCACUGGCCUUGUGUCUCAAGUUAGCAUGACCCUACAGCCUUUGUAUAAAGAAACAGUUAAUUGCUUCACAUAGAUGAUAUUAAAAAAGAAAUAAAAAACCCACAAAAAGUGCAAAAUAGAAAAAAAAAUAUGAAAAAAAAGAAAAAGACAACAGCAAAAAGUGGGACAGAUGUAAGUGGUUGGGUUGGUUUGCGGGAGGUGGGUGGGGAUGGGGAGGGGGGGCAGGGGAAUAGACAGCUGUUCUGCCCGAUGUUCUGACAUGGUGAUUUUCGGGCGUUGGGUCAUUGGGGCUGUGUGUCUUAGUAGAAAGCUGUAGUUCCUCCGGUUAUAGAGUCUUUACACGUAGAAAAAUUUACUCUGAGAAAGAGAAGAAAAAAAAAGAAAAGGAUGAUUAUGACAACAAUAAUAACAAAGAUGAUAAUGACAACAUUGAAAUAAUAACAAUAUCAAUGAAAAAUGAUGAUUCUGUAAUAUUAUUAAAAGUAUAUUUCUUGUGCUUUGUAGCUACAGAACAUUUUUUCUCUCUCUCUCCCCCUUUUUUAAAAAAAGGUUUUGCAAGGGUUCUUGCGUUCCACUCUAGAACCGUUCUCACAGACUUACCCAUGUUGAUGUUGAUGAAUUGUACCAAAUUUCUUUUUGCCUGUUUUCCCUGCAUCACAGUGUCUUUACUGAACCUGAAUUACAGUAUAUGUACCUUUUUUAUUAUUAUGAAGAUGUUUUUUUUUCUUUUUUUUUUUUGUUUUGUUUUGGAAAAACCACUUUCGGAGCACGUUCCCUGCCCCCUGGGCUGGUUUGGGUGGGGGGUGUGCACUGCUGUACAGAUCCAUGCGCUAUCUCUCUCUAUCUCUCUCUCUGUUUCUCUCUAUCUCUCUAUCUCUUCAUUUUUGGGGAAUUGUACUCAAACACCUUCCAGGUCUGCAUAGAAAAGCACAGCUCACACGUCACCCGUAGAUUUGGAAAGAUGUAUCUCUCCUGCUCCUACUUCUCGUCCUCCUCUCCCCCCCUCCCUCCUCUCUUUGUCCCUCUCCGUCUUCUCAGUUUUGGAAUUAAAAAGGAAAAAGAUUACUGUGUAUAAUGGCAUAUACCAGUUCAGCUUUAGGUUUCUUUCGCCCUUAACCCCCCCCCCC